AAGUCAGUGCUCAGCAACAUUGCAUGUUUGUCAGUGUGGCAACCAGAGUCCGUUAACAUCCAUCACCAGAUUUAAGGACAGAGGUUCUCAUGCAGCCUUGUUUACAUGAUGGACGGCUAUGUCAUAUCACCUCCCUCAGAGGAAAUUAUUCCAAGUGAGUCAGAGAAUUUUCGUCCGCCUGCAGAGCUGUACCCCUACCUCACUAAUGUAGGGGAGAUUUAUGAAGACCACAGAUGGACCUUCCACUCUGAGCGCGUCCAGUUGCUGGACCUGGAGAGUUCCCCAGUGAAUCAGCUCACAGAGCUUCAGUCUGUGACUCCUCAACAACACAUACCACCCUACCGCUACAGCAGCGAGUGUCUGCCGCUUCACCUGGAGCCUCCACUCUCUGUGUCCCCACAGAUCCCGUAUUACACCUCAUCCCUAUGCUACCAGUACCAACCCUCGGCCUCGCCGGGCCGUUACUACUCAGAGGAGGACCAGAGAGGAGUCAGUCCCCCGCUCGAGGUGUCAGAGGGGGACGAUGAAUAUGAAGACCACAGCCACUCCUCCUUCAGGAAAGACCACAGUAACAAGAAGAAAAUCCGCCUGUACCAGUUCCUCCUAGACUUGCUAAGAAAUGGUGAAAUGAGUGACAGUAUCUGGUGGGUGGACCAGGACAAGGGCAUCUUCCAGUUCUCCACCAAACACAAAGAGGCUCUGGCCAGCCACUGGGGCCUUCAGAAAGGAAACCGCAAGAAAAUGACCUACCAAAAAAUGGCCCGGGCUCUGAGGAACUAUGGUAAAACUGGAGAGAUAAAAAAAGUAAAGAAGAAGCUAACCUAUCAGUUCAGUGAGGAAGUGCUGAGGAACCUCUAUUUACGUCAGUACCCUCACUGAUUAGGAAACAGAGGCAGCGUUUUAUUAUCAAGCUGAAAUCACAAACUUUGCCCAGAUUUUAUUUGCCUGUAGAUUUGCAGUUUAUUUUGUUUUUCUACCAAGUUUUCUCACUUAUUUAUUUGUGACGAUGGCGAACUUCCUCUAUGACAUUUGCAAACUUUGAUGUAAAUUGCUUUUAUGCGCAAAUUAAGUUUUUUUUUGUCAUGAUUAAAUGGUAAUUAAAUAUCUGGGACAGGGAUUAAAGAAAAAACAAACAUAAAAACAUAAAAAUCUAAUCAGGAUCAUGUUUUUUAUGAAUGUGUGUAAAUAAAUGCUAUGUUAAAAAUUACUCAAAUGAAUUAAAUCCACCUUUAAACAAAGACAAACUGCAGUCUGGCUCACAGUGUAUCCACCUGUUACAAAUACAUGGUGCAUUUCCAAUUCAAAUCAACAAGAUCAUUCAACUCAUACACAUCAUCCACACAGACAGAGAGGAGAAAUAGAAGAUAUUGAAGUCAUCUGUUUGUCUUUUAAUAGAGCUUUAUUUUAAACAAUAAAUAUGAACAGAAAAAGGGCCCAGUAGGACAUUUUUCUAUACCUGUGCCAAAUAUUAGAGAACCGUCCUUGCAGAAUGAACUACAUAGUUGAUAGAUGUUUCUGGUCUGACAGGAAGGUGUCAAACUCUUGACUUAUCCCCACCGAAAUUAUCCCCACUAAUGCUUAUGUUACAUGUUUAAAAAACUACAACAACACAGUAUACUCUAACAUUACAGUCACUCUCUUUCUAAAGAUUUAAGACUAAAUAUAGCUAAGUUGUGUAUUCCAUUUUACUACCUUACAUAAGUGUUGGCUUAUUAAGCUUGAGUAGAAUAAUUCUACAACAUGCAGAAGAAAAAAGUCAUCUUUAUUAUUCAAGGAUUGCACACCAGGAAUUUUGACUUUGUUUGUUUGUAUUAUAUAUUAUUUAUAAUAUAUAGAAAUGUAUUAUUAUUCUUUAGAGUGUCUUUUAGUCUUUGAGUUCCUUGAACAGCGCUACUC